UACAGUAGAGCUGGGCUAAGAAUAAAAUAUGUCGAAAUCAAAUAUCUGAGUUGGGUUUAAUCGACAUCAAAUAGAUUCACUGUGUGUGUCUUUGAUAAAGUUACGGAUUUUGUUCAUCACUUUAAUCUGAGAAGUUUUUAUUUUCAAAAUGAUAGAACCUAACAAUAUUAAUUUGUCAUCCUGUCGAAUUUGUUUAUCUAACAAGAGACCCUUGUGUCCAUUAUUUAAAUAUAAGCUUUCUGGGAAUUAUGCAGAAAUGCUUACAGCAAUAGCAGACGUUAAGGUUUCAUCAAAUGAUGGAUUACCUGAGAAAAUUUGCAACAAAUGUUGUACAUCUUUGGAAAAGGCUUUUCUUCUUAAAAAUGUUGCAGAGAGGUCUGAUCGUGAGUUAAGAAAACUAAUUGCAACAGCAAGUAGAAAUGUACCAACAAAAAAAAUUGCUUUUGAUUCUUUUACUGAUAUAAAAAGUGAAAUUGGGCCUCUGUCUAUUAAAAGUGAACCGAAAUGGGAAAUGGAGAUAGACAUACUUGAUAAUCCAAAUGAAGUUGUAAAGGUUGAAACUAUUGAUGGCAAAGAUAUUGUUAUAGCAGAUACCGUUAUAAGAAAAGUAGAAUCUGGAAAUGGCUUUAAUAUAUCUAGAGAUAAUUUACAGACGUUCAAUAUUGAUGCUGAAUAUUUAGAUGAUGACAUAUACCAAGAUGAUGAUGAUGAUGAUUAUGUGCCUCCUUCAGAGAAGCCUAAGAGUAAAUUUAAAAAACCAAAGUUGUCAGAAAUUAAGGUGUUUAAGGCUAAAAAACCAGUUGUGAAAAAAGUAAGGGUUAUUAGACCAUUUAAACAUGAGCACGAUGAUUCUUCUAGUGGUGAUGAAAAGAAAUCUACUACUAUUACUUGUUAUCCAAUAAUGAAAAAUGGUGCAAAAGGACCACCAAUUCUCUUAAAAAGACCUAAAGAUGCUACAUUAUUAAAAAUUCAUCCAAACUAUAAGGCCAGGACUUCAGCGAAGUCUGAUAGUAGAAUUAUAAGACGAGAUAUUUCUAUAAGAAGGGUGAAAAAUUCGAAACCAAUUUCAAAAGAAAGAGAAAAGCUUGUAUGUCCAGUCUGUGGUAUAUUGACAUAUACACUGGGCAAUCAUAUAGCAACCCAUGAAGAGAAAAAGAAGUACACUUGUUCCGAUUGCCCACGAUCCUUUGUACAGAAAAGUAAUUUAUUGGUACACCUUAAACAACAUACUGGAAUAAAAGACCAUAUUUGUGAAAUUUGUGGUGCAGGGUUCUACACACAGAAAUCAUUAGUGAGGCAUAACCUCAUUCACAAAGGAGAGAGACCAUUUCAGUGCAAUUUAUGUUCUAAAAAGUUUAUUGCUCGUUGUGAUCUAAACCGUCACCUUCGGAUCCACGCUGGGUACAAACCAUUCAAGUGCGCGACCUGCACUAUGUCUUUCAAUGCAAAACACCAGCUGCAGAACCAUGAGCGUAUGCACACCGGAGAACGCCCUUACUCUUGCCAAGUGUGCAGCGUGGCCUUCAGCUACAAAGUGAACCUAAACAAUCACGUGUUCAAAGUUCACGGCAUCAACCUGAAGUUCAAGUCGAUCCACACCGUAACCGACGAAGUGCUGCGGCGGGAGAUGGGCAUGCUGAACGAGGCGCGGGAGGCCAUCGCGCACAUCAUGCCGCAGCUCGCGGACGUGCCCACGCCGGCCGCGCACGAGACCGUGCACCACACGGCGGACUACAGCGUCUAGUGCGAGAGUUUUGUGAAAGUUUAUUGAUUGGCUGAGAAGAGAACCCGCGCGUCACACAUUAACAGGAUAACAUAUUUUUUAUUCAAAUGUGAAUUCUACCGGAAAAUUGUGACCUAUACUUCUGUGAUUUUGAAACUUCCAUUUAAGAACUUGUUUUAAUCCGAUACUAAAAGUGGAGUUAUUUUAUAUAAGAAGUUAUAUAUAGUUUAGCAUUUUUUAUAAGAAGAGAUUUGAGCUGAAAUGUACAGUCCUAUGGUAACAUAAGAAGUUUCUUAAUUGAAUUGGUUAUAAAUGUAUAUCCAAAAAUGAUUAAAAAGAAGCUAUGGAAAUACUUAACGACUUAGAAAAUUUAUUGUAGGGUUUCUAUAAUAUAUCUUAGGAUAAAAUAAUUGUGUAGAGACAGACUUGAGAAAUAUACGUAAAUAUGACGCUGGCUCCCAUUUUUUUUUUGUAUAUAAUUUUAACCAGAUUUUUUUUACAUGUGUACAUAAUUAUUAGUAUAAGGCGUUAAAAAGGUUGUGUUUUAAAAUAUGAGAAGUCAAU